AUGGCUAAUAAUCCGGUGUCGCUGUAUCUCGACCCUCAGAUACGGGACUGGGUCUUGUUCCCUAUUACGCUGGUUAUGUCUCCCCCACAAAAACUGUCCAAGAAUGCCCUCCGCGAGCAACGUGCUCUUGCGCGAUCGCAAAUUCUUCGUUCGACAGCAGCCAGGUCGCCUCUUCCUCCAAUGUACUAUAGUACUAUUUCCGACAGUCUCUCUUCCGCGUUUGCUGCUGGGACCUACCUCAAAGACGGCCCGCCGAAGCCUGGUGACGCACCGACUGCUCCUCCCAACCCUCUGACCGACCCCUCAGCCAUGGACGGCAUGAUGGCUGGCAUGAAGACUCAAAUGGUUAUGAUGGUACCGCAGAUGGUGAUAAUGGGAUGGAUCAACUUUUUCUUCCAGGGUUUCGUCCUAAUCAAGUUGCCCUUCCCCUUGACUUUGGGAUUCAAGUCUAUGCUACAAAGAGGCAUUGAAACUCCCGACAUGGACGUCCGAUGGGUUUCAUCCUUGUCAUGGUACUUCUUGAACUUCUUUGGUCUCAACGGUCUUUACCGCCUUUUGCUUGGAAAUGAUAACGCUGCCGACUCUUCCAAAGACAUGUCUGCUACUCCGUUCUCCAACUUCAACGCUGCGCCGGCAGGACCGCAAGACUACAACAAGUUAUUCAAGGCCGAGAUUGACAACCUGGAGUUUGCCAAUGGGAUAUACGCUUGGGUCGGUGACGGGGUUGAAGAUCGGGUUCUCAGUCGAUAUAACCGGUUACCAUUGAAGAAACAGUCAUAA